AUGGCUGUUGACUUGCUGAUAGCACUUCUAUUUCCGAUGUGGUAUCGGAAAUGCUCUUCAACGCCAUACCUCACGGUUUUUAUUUCGGUUGGAACGGCCUAUGCUCUUCUGGUUUCAAUAUGGGGUUUUGUUGCUCAGAAUAGUGAAGUCAUACUCUUCUGCAAUCCACCAUUAGGUAGCGACUCUCUAUUCGCAACUCAUUUGAACUUUUUGUGUAGAUGA